GAUUUAAAGCAUAACAUAACCCCUGGUCAGAGCCUGACUCCACCCACUGGCAAUAUUUGAAAAAUGCAAGAAAGUGGGCAGACCCCAGUGGAGAUAGAGGGGACGAACUGAGCUCGUACCAAGUGUGCGGUAAGAUCGUAACAAGGGCGAGGUGAGCUUGAACCUGCUUACGUCACAAGUUAUUUUUUGGACCCAACAUCUAAUAGGAAAAUUCAACUGCAGUAGCCACCGUUCAACCUGAAGAGGGCAGCACUCCGACGUUUUUACACCAUAUUGUAGUAUUGAAACACUUUAUAUCCAAAUGUCAAAAAACUUACUAAAAUCAAUGAACAGCACUAAUAAAGCAUCAUUCUUACAGAUCAUUCAGUAAAAAAGUUGGUUUAGGGUUUAGUUUGUCUUUAAAGUUUAAACAGAGAGAUUUUUUUCGUUAUGCAGAUUUUCUACUUGCUCGCUCAAUAACUGAUUUUUUUUUACCUGAUUAAAGUUACAGAUUGCAGCUUUAACACUGUUUUAUCAGGAAAUUAGUACACAGUCCAAAUAUUUACAAGAAAAAAAUUUUUUAUGUGGAGUUGAACUUGAUCCCUUUUCUUGUGCGUGUGCAGAAAGUGUGUUGGUCGUGUAAUGGUUCUGGAACUCGUAUGUCUAAUGACCAGUGCAUAACCUGCAGGGGCCUUGGUCGAGAGAACUGUAAUUCAUGUAACGGCCACGGCUCUCGUGAGUGUGAAACAUGUCGUGGGAAGAGACAGAUGCUAGUCUUCAUCAAUCUUACUGUUAAAUGGACCACUGAAAAAGAUGAUUUUGUAGCACAACAAUCGAGUGGUCUGAGAGUGAAAAACCUUGAAAGUGUCUCAGGGAAGCAGCUGUUUCAAAAUGCCCAAUACAUGCUGUAUCCGGUUAUGGGUUUUCCUGAUGCUUCUGUCGCACAAGCUUCUGAACGUUUAGUACGAGAACAUCAGGCUAAAUACGUCCAAAACUCCCGCAUAUUACAACAGAGACAGACAAUAGAGCUCAUUCCCAUUACCAAAGUGAACUACAUGUGGAAAGGAAAAUCCCAUUUUUAUUUUGUGUAUGGAAAUGAGUUUCAAGUGAGCGUUGAUGAUUACCCAGCCACCUGCUGCUGCUCUGUGAUGUAACACAACAAAUAUCAUCUGAUAUAACCCUACACAUUUAUAUACACCAAAAAAUACCGUUCACACAACCACUACUGUGUAUACAGCAACAUUGAUUUAUUUCAUCUGAGUUUGUUUUUAAGCAGCCUGUGUUUGUGUAUUGUCUGAAAUGAUAAAAUUCUGACUUGAAAGUACAGACAUACAUUUGUGUUGCAUUUAAUUUCUUAUUUUCUUAUAACUGUUACUCAAAUGUUUAUAUACUGUAUAUGUUAUAUAUUCAUUCCGUUUUUUAUUUUGACCAAUAAAUCUAUUGUACAAUAUUUUUAACCUUCACAAGGAUGCAUUUCCAAGGGUUGCCAUCUUAAGGUUGUAAACAUUACAGGUCAAUGUUGUAAAGCAGUACAUUUCAACCGUUAUGUGUAAUGGUAUAAAAAACACCUGCUAAAUUUGUAUCUAGUCAUUAAAACAACUAAGAUUCAUCAAAACUCUACUCAUUUUAAUGUAUCAUCACUUCUAUGUGUAACAAUUUUUGAAUAGCCAGCUGGAUCUUUUAGGUCAGCCAGACGAAAAAGUGUCAGAACUGACCAUGAUUUAUGAAAGAGAGGCUUGUUUAAUCUGCUGCAAUGUUAAUCACAAUGUAUUUGUAACAUUUAGUUAUUAACAAUUACAUUAUGAAGUCAUUUAAAACUGAAAUUUAAUCCAGUUGAACUUGGUAGUCCUAAUAAACCUAUAAUUUUGAUACAGGCUCAUACUGUUAAGGUAAAACUUUCUCAGUGAAUGCAUUUAUUACCAAUAUAUUGAACCAUACUGUAAAAAUGCAGCAUUUUUGUCAACAUCUUACUAUGAAAAACGGUAAUAAAAAUGCUUUAAAAUUAAAA